GAUCUGCAGAUGCCUUUCUCUCUCCUAUUCUCUGCCCAGACUGCCCGGAAUUCCCCUUUUCCUCCUCUCUCAAAAUCCGAUCAUUGCCCGUUGACUAUUUUAAUGAAUUCGCCGGAAUUUCCCACCGGAAAAUCCCCACGCCGGGAACUCCAAGGUCCAAGACCCACACCCUUAAAAGUCCGUAAAGAUUCUCACAAAAUCCGUAAGCCACCUGUAGCUCCGGCAGCCCAGCCGCCUUUUCAGCCGGCUCAACCAAGACAGCCGGUCAUAAUCUACACUGUCUCUCCUAAAAUAAUCCACGCCGAUCCAAGCGAGUUCAUGAACUUAGUCCAACGGCUCACCGGCGCUUCUUCAUCUUCUUCCAUGGUCACAGCUCCUUCUUCUUUCUCGCAGUUUCAUGAAACCGGAGCAAUUUCACCGGCGGCAAGAUUUGCAGCAACGGAGAAAACGAAAUUGUCGCCGGAAAAACAGAGAGGUCAUCAUUUGAUGAACGAGGAAUUGGGUAUGUUUGAUCAGGUACUAUUGGAGAGGACGCCGACGGGAACUUUAUUCCCCGGAAUUUUGUCUCCGGGACCGGCGUCUCUACCGCCGAUUCCGUCGAAGAUGUUUCAAUCUCCGGCGGCGGCGGCAGAUCCAAAUCCUUUUAAUACUAUGUUUAAUGAUUUUAGUCCUAUGUUGGGAAAUAGUAGUUUUAUGAUUCCAAGUCCAUCUAAUUAUUUUCUAUCGCCAAAAUUUUCAUCACCAACGACAACAACAACUCCAUCUAUGGACAUUUUCAAUAAUUUCUUUGACUUGUAAUGUUUGACCUAAUUCUUUUUUCAUAGACAGAUAUUGAUUAAUAGACAUGUUUUAUAUUUCUAUUUU